AUGAACCGAAAUACACCGGACAAGGAGAAAAAGGUCAUUCACAAGGAGAUUCAAGUACACUCUACACUCGUUCACGAGAACAUAAUCCGUAUGCGGGAUGCUCUGCUUGUUCCAGAUGACGGUUCGACGAAGUAUGUCCCCGGUGCAUAUCUCCUUAUGGAGAUGGCGCAUGGCGGGGACCUAUUCGAUAAGAUUGCACCGGAUGUCGGCGUCGAGGAUGAUCUCGCUCACUUCUACAUGGAGCAACUAAUGGCAGGCCUGAGCUAUAUACAUGAGCAAGGUGUAUGUCAUCGAGACCUGAAGCCAGAAAAUUUGCUCUUGUCUAUCAACGGUGUCCUCAAGCUCUGCGACUUUGGCUUAUGUGCCGUCUUUCAAUACAAAGGCACCACACGAAAGCUCAAAGACAGAUGCGGCAGUCUUCCGUAUAUUGCGCCAGAACUUGCCUAUGACGGCGCAUACGAGGCUGUCCCAAUUGACAUCUGGGGUGCUGGUAUUAUUCUUUACACGCUACUGCUUGGAACUACCCCAUGGGAUGAAGCUACAGUCAAUUCACCGGAAUUUAUGGCGUAUGUCAAUGGGUCCAUUUGGUCUCAGUACCCUUGGUCGAAAGUCAGCAAGAAUGCGCGCUCCCUGCUAUGUGCAUUACUCGCCCCCAAUCCGGCGGAACGACCAGCCACACGAGACGUGCGCUCACAUCCGUGGUUCCUGAGACAAAGUCAAUUCGCCACCCAAGGCGCAGGGGAAAUGGCACAUCACCUCACCAAGUCUCUACGAGACACUGGCGCCAUGGAUAUCGCCCAGCCGGACCUUUUCCAGGAUGCCGAUGGGGAUUUAGUCAUGGCUACUGCUCCUGGGACUGCAUUUACUCAAUCAUUGCAAUUCUUCACUCAACUACCUUCCGGUAUACGGCAUAGCCCGCAUUUGACUCGGUUCUUUGCAGUCCUGCCAGAUUCACAGCUGCGCGCCUUCUUAUUCAAGCCUUGCAGUCACUCGAGUAAAGACUAG